UUAACGCCAAUCCUUGACAGAUUCGAGCUCCCCCAACAGAAAGCCCGUUUGCCAUGUUUCAUGGUCGAAGGGCGAACGAGGAACCGAGACUUUUGCGGCCGCAGCGAGAUCCUUCAGCAACUUGACAAGACAUUACUUCCUGGUCUAGGUGCGCCAGCUGCCCCGAGGCAUGUGGCAAUUUUCGGAAAGCCCGGUGAGGGCAAAACGGCCAUUGCAAACGAAUUUGUUUUCACCAGGAAAAAUGAGUUUGAUGCGGUCUUCUGGAUCAGGGCAGAGAGUGAGGCAAAAUUAAAACAAGAUCUCGCGAAUAUUGCUAAUGCCUUGCACCUCCAGAGUCAGACCACCGGGAGCGAGGUUUCCACCGAGGGCCGGGAGAUCGCCAAAGCUUGGCUCAUGAAUGCUGUUAAAGAAGGCGUUGCUGACGUUAACGUUGUCGAAAGUGCAAAUUGGCUCCUAGUGCUUGAUAACUGCAACGAUGUCGACUUGAUGGAUGACCUCUGGGAAGUGCUGGAGUUCGGAUCUGUGCUGAUGACUAGCACUAAUCCGAAAUCGGCGAUGGCUCUUUCUGAGAAUCAACUCAGUAUCGACCUAAAAGGGUUUACAGAGUCGCAGUCGAUUGAGGUAUUGGAACAUAUCGCGAAGCUGAAAAUAUCCCCGGAGCAGGUAAGUGAGGCCAGAGCAAUAGUGCAACCGCUUGGAGGAUGGGCUCUGGCACUCCGCCAGAUGGCCUGCUUGAUACGGUACGAGCAUCUGUCCUUGAGAGAAUUCAAGCAAAGAUACGAAAGCUUGGAUGAAAGGACCGAGCUGCAGCAGCGAGAAACUCAUGGUCCUGCCGAGUCUUAUCCCUUCACAGUAGCAUCGAUCCUCGCCAAGGAUGCGAUAUCUCCGAGAAGUUUGGCAUUGCUUGAAGUCUGCUCCAUGCUAGACCCGGACACUAUUCACGAAGAGCUAUUCGCAUCUACCCAGCAAAUGUCAGACAUCCUGUCAGACUUUCCGAUCUACAGAAAGGGAACGUACUAUAGCGAUCGAGCCGAAAUCAUCCGACUUUCUCUCGUUGGUGUCGAUCCAGAUACCAAUGUGUGGACGAUCCAUAGGAUGGUUCAGGAAGCAAUACGCGGUCAAUUGACCAUUCAACGGUUCCGAGCCACGUUUGGCUUUGCCACAAAACUGGUGUGCAAUGCCUGGGGCCUCGAAAACCCGGCAGAGAAACGGCACUCUGUCAAGCUUUGGGGUCAUCGUUCCAAAUGGUUCCCUCAUAUACUUCGCUUGCAGGACCUGUAUCAAAGCUACGCCGGCGCUGGAUGUAUCGAGCCUUCCCGUGAGCUUGCUCAAAUUCUCAGCGAAGGCGGCACAUAUCAGCAUGAGAUCAGCAUGCUACAUGUUGCCGGGGUCAUGCUCCGGGCUGCGAAAUCGGUGUUCGAGUCGCUACCAGAAACGGAAACUCGAGACAUUCAGGCCAUGGACAUUAUAAGCGACAUUUACUACGGUCUUGGAGCAUGGGCAAACGAGACAAACCACGGCGAAGAGUGUCUGACGUUCAACAAAUCGCUUGUCGCAUUGCGAUGCAAUCUAAUGAAGCGUGGUGAGCCGCUCAGUCUCAGAACAGCGAUGGCUUACAACCAACGCGGAACUGGACACAUGAUGGUCAAAGACUACGCUUCAGCAAUCGAGGAUUUCACAAGCUCAAGAGCUCACUUUAAGACGCUCAGAUUAGAGGUCAAAUGCGCCGAUUCGAUACCUACUGUGAAUUUAGCGGUGGCUCACUGGCUGACUGGCGACUUGACCACGGCCAACGAUCUGCUGGAGAACGGGCUUGCUGCUCGUGAGGCGGCAUUCGGAAAAGACGACACUGACUCAUUUCGCACUGGCCGAUUUCUGCACACACUUGGUAAUUUGAGAUCCGACCAGUCCGCAAUGGCUUCAGAUCCGGCGGAACGUGUUGCUCUGAUGGAGGAAUCGUAUCGUUAUCAUCAGAGAGCGCUUUCCCAAUAUCAAGCUACGAUUGGCAUUCAUCAUCAUCGAACAGCAGACGUAUGCCAUCGUGUGGCCGAUCAUUGCAUACAACGGAAAUGCUUUGAUCAAGCCCGACAAUUUAUUGAGCAAGCAUUCAGGAUUUGGCAUGCCGACGAAGCAUCCUUCCGUAAUGAGAUUGCUCGCACAAUUUUCCUCAAAGCCCGUCUUGAGGAGCGUGCUGGAAAUAACUUUGAGGCUGGAGCUUUGCGUGAGAGGGCGGCAGAACUUCGCUCUAGAAUUGUCAAUGAGCAGCACAAGAAGUCACCCUCGGAACUGGAGUCCAAAGACUUUGACGAGCUUGUGACAUUUUGGUCCAGAUAA